ACAUAUCGCUUAUUGAGAGCAACGACCUGAGCUUCACAAAAAUGUGUUUGAUUUGCUGUGAGCGGGAAUUGAUAACAAAAGAGUUCGGAGGUUAUCACAGUUGUAGGUAAUACCUCAUUAUCAGAAUUGUUUGCUGAAUUAUGAAUAAAAAUUUAAUCUUAUAUCACACUGUAAGCCUCUAUGCCAUAUACAAGCUAAUUAUUAUGUUUAUAUUGAUAAUAUUGAAGAGUUGUGAGCACGCCAGCUUAGCUUAAACGAAACAGUCGCUUAGAGCACGUCGCAGAAAUUGAAAUGCUCCGAUUUAUAUUGUUCCUGUUACUACAUUAUUUAUUGUGGUUUCGCAUUAAGAACGUUUGCGGUGAAUAUCUAGAUUCAAGCACUAGAUAUGAAUGCAAUUUUAAUGUGCAAAUAGAGGUCUUUAAAAAGUUCCUUGAAGAAUUGCAAGCUGCGCGUAAGCGAGAAGGUGAUAUUUGGACACAAAUAUCUCUCAUUGAAACCAAACUGCAAUCGGUUGAGGAACAGCUGAGUGUUCGAAAGUCGGUGCCUGCAAGCUGUUUGGAGGCAGCAGCUAAGAGCUUCAAAAGUGGUGUUUACAAUAUAACAUUGGAAAAGUUUAGUGACACACCCUUUGCCGUAUACUGUAACGAAGAGGUGAACUAUGGUGGUUGGUUAGUUAUACAACGACGUGUCAGUGAUGCCGUGGACUUCGAUAGAGAUUGGCGGGAGUAUCAGAACGGUUUCGGGGUGCUGGAUGAAAAUUAUUGGAUUGGUUUGGAAAAACUACAUGCGUUCACCAGUAGUUGUCAGCAUGAGCUCUAUAUAGAAAUGCAGAGAUAUAGUGGUGAAAGUUAUUAUGCGCGCUACUCGGAAUUUGCAGUCGGAGGUGAAUUGGAGGGCUAUCCUCUUAAAAUAUUGGGUACUUAUGAAGGCACUGCUGGCGAUAGCUUGAAAGGGCACGUGGGUGCGAAGUUCACCACUCGUGAUCAGGAUAAUGACAUCGCUGAACUUGGUAAUUGUGCUGUUUAUUACGAAGGCGGCUGGUGGUUUGAAGAUUGUGGCGAUAGUCAACUUAAUGGACUAUAUGGACAAAAGAGCUACCGCGGCAAUUGGGACAGCAUAGCUUUGUUUGAAUCUUUGAAAUCAGCGCAAAUGAUGAUACGCCCCACAGUGGAAUGCCUAAGGCGCAUGUCACUGAAGGCCAAAUGAUUUUAUAUAUUUUGUGAAAUUGAUCAAAUUUUUAAUAACUAAAUGUAUUAUUAAAAUCUUACUUAGUAAACUUUGCGCUUAGAUUCGGAUUCGGAGAUAAUGUAAUGUUUGAUUAACAUUCUAAUAAAAACAUAAUAAUAUUUUUUCAAUUUAGUAACACAUUAUAAUUUCCAACAUUUCAAAGCGAAGUUAAAUUCUUUGUAUUGGAAAUAAUGAAAUAGUUAUAUUUUUUGAGUCAGUUUGCGCACAGCAUUGCUAGUCUUUAAUAAAAUCAACAUUUACUUAAAUAUUAAAGUACAGAGACAACGAAUAAAUAGUCAAGAAAUAAUAGAUACUUAAUUAUGCUAAUUAAAAAUACAAAACUUAGUCAUCUUAUGUCCAUGGACUUUUGACCCACUACUUUAUAUCAUUUAUUACUGGUAAAACAGGCACUUCAUUUUCGUUCUGAAUUUGGAUGUCAGGAACAUCUUUUGUAUAAACAUCGUCUUCUUCCAUCCAUAAAACAUCGUUAUCAUUCAUUAAACAGAGAAUCUCUCGGGCACGUCUAGCCGCAAUUCUUUGUGGACGAAUUUUCGCGAUAGGUAACAGCUCUUGUUUUUAUGUGAUUAUUUGAGUUGAUUGGUGGCUGUAUAUGAAGAAAAAUAUAGGACACAUAUGCUACACGAUCUUUUAAAUAAGUAUGACUCGACACUUGGGUAAUAACUAUCAUAUGGAACGGGUUUUAGAUGGGAUGGCAUCAUAACAAAUUUUGAAAUGUGAUGUUACAAAGCUUUUGACCCCCCUUGCUCUUUGUCACACAUUGUCACUUCUAAAUGAUACCCUCCCUCCCCUUCAAGGUAUGACGUAAUUUAUGGACGGCCCCUUAAAGGUCUUCUGCUUUGUCUAGGGCCUACAGUGUUGGCCAUUAUUCUUGGCAAGACCGCUUUCACAGUCCUACUUUAAAGGGCUAUGCACGUAUGACACUUUCAAAAAAUUUUUUUUUUUUUUUGCUUUCUCGAUAGUUUAUAUUUCCAAAAAUAUCCUAUGAAAUCGGCACGGUCGUAUCUUUAUAUAGUUCCUUAUAUAGUUUUUGAA